AUGUAGACCCACUCUGUCUGCCCCCGUCCUUAUCUCGAGUUCAAUCCAAAGCACAGGAGACCGCCUCGAGCAGCGGAGCGAUGACACUCAGGCGCAGCAUAUCUCCCAAUCAUAAGCCUCACAGCCUCAUUGAAUGGCCUGACGCGAGACGCGCAAAUCGCAUGGGAAGCUCAGUCCACAGACCUGCUGUCAGCUGCCAGAUCAUCCAACCGAUCUACGAGCCGUCGAACUGCGUAAGAAUUGCAGAGCAGGGGCUCGUCAUGAGCUACAUGUAUCGUGCAAUCUCCUUGUCUCCCUUACUUUUCCAAGAAAGAAUAAACCGAUCUUUCCACAAUGACUUCAUAUUGCUCAUGCUCCUCUUGUCAUGUUUUCUCCUCACUCUGCGCCGAAGUAAGCGGUAGAAUUUAGAUUGAUCGGAAAUGCCUUGGAUAAUCCGGCGCAAUCAAAAGCUCAUGCUGUGACUCAGCGCUGAUUCAUGGACUUCUUCGAAAUCUGAUCAAUCUGAAUGCGUCAGCAAGUUGAGUCAGUU